CGAAGAGACAGGGGAAACACACACACACGGACCUCGCCGCGCUCCCCACAGCACCCACCUCGCCUCGACACCCUCGCCGGCGCCCCGGCACCCCACACCGCCUGGUUUCGGGGUGCUGCGGUGGCACCCCAGCCUGCGGUCCCAUCUGGAGCAGCGCGGGAGCAGGGGUCCAUGCGAGCCGGAGCAGCAGGGCUGGCGGAGCCUCUUCCCAUCCCCGAGGUGACAUGGAGCAGCUGAAGUGACCUGAGGAGCUGUUGGAGUCGUGCCCGGGAUGGGCUGUGUGCACUGCAAAGAGAAGGGGACCAGCAAAGGGCCAGUGGAGGGCGAGCUGGGCCCCCCCCAGCCCCCUGUGUCCCAGUAUGACCCCGACCCCACGCAGCCGGGUGCCAUCUUCACCCGCAUCCCUGACUUCAACAACUUCCACGGCGCAGGGGUACCCGCGGCUCCAUCCUUGGUGGGGCCGGGGGGCUUCACCUCCAACACGCUGCAGAUGCGGAGCGGGGGCAUCACAGGUGGAGGUGUGACGCUCUUCAUCGCCCUGUAUGACUAUGAGGCCAGGACGGAGGAUGACCUGACCUUCCAGAAAGGGGAGAAAUUCCACAUCAUCAACAACACGGAGGGUGACUGGUGGGAGGCCAGGUCACUGAGCUCGGGCAGCACCGGCUACAUCCCCAGCAACUACGUGGCCCCGGUGGACUCUAUCCAGGCAGAAGAGUGGUACUUUGGGAAGAUUGGGCGCAAGGAUGCGGAGCGGCAGCUCCUGUGUCACGGCAACUGCAGGGGCACCUUCCUCAUCCGGGAGAGUGAGACAACCAAAGGUGCCUAUUCCCUCUCCAUCCGGGACUGGGAUGAGGCCAAAGGAGACCACGUGAAGCACUAUAAGAUCCGGAAACUUGACAACGGGGGCUACUACAUCACCACCCGCGCCCAGUUCGACACUGUCCAGCAGCUGGUCCAACACUAUAUAGAGCGGGCGGCCGGGCUGUGCUGCCGCCUGGCCGUGCCGUGCCACAAGGGGACCCCCAGGCUGGCCGACCUGUCUGUUAAGACCAAAGACGUGUGGGAGAUCCCCCGCGAGUCCCUCCAGCUCCUCAAGAAGCUGGGCAACGGGCAGUUCGGGGAAGUGUGGAUGGGCACAUGGAAUGGCACCACGAAGGUGGCGGUGAAGACGUUGAAGCCGGGCACCAUGUCACCAGAGGCCUUUCUGGAGGAGGCUCAGAUCAUGAAGCGCCUGCGGCACGACAAGCUGGUGCAGCUCUAUGCUGUGGUAUCAGAGGAGCCCAUCUACAUCGUCACCGAGUUCAUGAGCCAGGGCAGCUUGCUGGACUUCCUAAAGGACGGGGAUGGCCGCUACCUGAAGCUGCCCCAACUGGUGGAUAUGGCUGCCCAGAUCGCGGCGGGCAUGGCCUACAUUGAGCGGAUGAACUACAUCCACCGGGACCUGCGUGCGGCCAACAUCCUGGUGGGAGACAACCUGGUGUGCAAGAUCGCUGACUUUGGCCUCGCUCGCCUCAUCGAGGACAACGAGUACACGGCGCGCCAGGGUGCCAAGUUCCCCAUCAAGUGGACUGCUCCAGAGGCUGCUCUCUUUGGGAAAUUCACCAUCAAGUCAGACGUCUGGUCCUUCGGCAUCCUCCUGACUGAGCUGGUGACCAAAGGCCGGGUGCCCUACCCAGGGAUGAACAACCGGGAGGUGCUGGAGCAGGUGGAGCGGGGGUACCGCAUGCAGUGCCCCGGGAACUGCCCCCCAUCCCUGCACGAGGUGAUGGUGCAGUGCUGGAAGCGGGAGCCCGAGGAGCGUCCCACCUUCGAGUACCUCCAGUCCUUCCUCGAGGACUAUUUCACCGCCACUGAGCCCCAGUACCAGCCGGGGGACAACCAGUGACCUGGCCCUGGUUCUGGGGAGGCUUUGGGGCAGGAGGGGUGUUGUUCCCUUUGCCUCUGACCCCCAAAACCCGCCCAUUGGGAGGUGCUUGAGGUGUCCCAUGGAGGACAAGGGGCUUUGCACAAGGAUUCUGGCCUCAGAGAGGGGGCAGAGCUGUGCCCCCCCCCACCCCUCUCUUGUUGCCUUCACACCCAGCUUUGAACCUGAGGAGUGCUUUGGGGAACCCCCCCAUGGCUCACAGACACUCUUAAUCUCAUAGCAGCAGAGGCCUUGGGGUUGGGUGGCUCCAUCCCUUCUUCACCAGCAGCUGGGGGGGUUCAGCCCCCCAAAUCCUGGCUCUGACCUGGGGAAAGUCACCUCACCCCCCACCCCCUUUAUGUCAUCUUUAAUUUAUGAUUUUAUACCCCUCACCCCAGCAGCCACCUCACCCUCAGGGACCCCUGUAUUUGGGGGGGAUGCCCUUGUCUCCCCCCCCCGCUUUAAUUUCCUCUCCUUAAAGCCAUAAACCUAUGCUUGCACUGGGAGGGGGGGUCACACAAGGGGUCUUGAGACCCCAGGGGUCGAGGCUGGGGGCUCAGAUCUGCCACUGGGGCUGUUUCCCAUUGCCCUGUGUGGGGGCAGGAGGGGGGUACAGGAUGGGGUCAUGCCUGUAGUGCUCUGCGGGGGGGUCCUGGCUGCAGCUUGGCUCAAACCCCUGUGGCAAAGCAUGAUCAGGUAGGAUUUGGGGUGCAAUGUGAAUGUGAUGGCACUGGGGAGGGGGAUGCCCCAGCUCAGCCCCAUGGCCAGCACCCCCCUGCACCCAUAGGGCAGGGCUAUGCCAUGGGGGAGAGGACGAGGGAAGGGGGGGGUCUUCAUUGUUGAUGGUUUUAUAAAUGCAGUCUGUAAAUAGAGAGAAAUAAAACCUUUCUAACAAG